CUCAAUUCUCCAAAAGUUCUCAAAGAAACCAUCAAUCCACAUCCAUUUCACCAACCCAAUCAAUCUCCAUCAUCGAUACAUACAAUGGCUCACCCAGACUACGUCGCCUUGGCAGAGGCACCCCGCGAUAUUGAAGCCAUCCAGGCACAAGAAGAAGCAGCACGACUCCCACAUUGGAAUGCAUCCGUCGCCUUUGAACUAGGCAGUGCUCUUCGCACUCGCCUUCUCACAUUUGAUAAACCUGCCGUUAUCCACAUUUCCACCGUUUCAACACCACCACAUGUCCUUUUCCACGCGGCUACUCACUCCGGUACCGCACUAGACAACGACUACUGGGUCCGACGCAAGCGCAAUGCUGUCAUCAGGUGGAGCGCGAGCACAUGGCGCUUGCACAACACCUUCGAGGGAGACGAGGAGAAGUUUGCGAAGAAGUUGGGUCUAGGAGAGGAUGCUAAAGAGUAUGCGAUUCACGGUGGUGGUGUGCCCAUCUUCGUGAACAAUGUUGAAGGACCUGUGGCUGUCGUGGUUGUGAGUGGGCUCAAGCAAUGGGAUGACCACAUGGUAGUCAUUGAGGAAUUGAUGAAACUCAGCGAAAAGUUGAACAACUAAAUAGCGAAAUGACCGUGGAUAUAUUUAUGAGAGUUGCUUGAUCAGCCGAAUGGAAUUAAAAAACAAUAUAACUUAUGUUCAAAUGUUAAAAG